UACAGUAUAUAUUAAGCCUGUGAUGCCACCCCACAGCGACUGGCAUCCCGGAGCUGCUCAUCACACCCAUCCUGGUUCACUAUGGCAACUGAUCACCAGAACCCUGCAACCAAGCAAAAGCAACCAGUGGCCAGUGCAUUCAAGUUGGUAAUCUACGAGCAGGAAAACUUCCAAGGCCGCUGUCAUGAGCUGACUGGGCCCUGUAACAACCUCCAAGAGGCGGGCAUGGAGAAAGUGGGCUCAAUACUGGUUCUGUGUGGACCGUGGGUGGGAUAUGAGCAGCCCGGCUGUAAAGGGGAACAGUAUGUGUUCGAGAAGGGUGAGUAUCCUCGCUGGGAUGCCUGGACCAACAGCAGACGCAGUGACUGCAUCUUCGCCUUCCGCCCCAUUAAAGUGGACAGCCAGGAACACAAGAUCAUGCUGUAUGAGAACCCAAGCUUCGCUGGGAAGAAGAUUGAGAUCAUAGAUGAUGACGUCCCCAGCUUCCAUGCUCAUGGAUACCAUGAGAAAGUCUCAUCAGUUCGUGUGCAGAGUGGCACCUGGGUGGGUUAUCAGUACCCAGGAUACAGAGGCUAUCAGUACUUGUUCGAGAAAGGAGAGUAUAAGGAGUGUUCUGAGUUCGGGGCUGUGCUGCCACAGAUUCAAUCCGUGAGGCGCAUUCGUGACAUGCAAUGGCACCAAAGAGGGGCUUUCCACGCCUCUAACUAAUCGAUCAGCACAUCACCCUUCAGCUUCUGACACUUUUACCCUACUCUUCAUCUCUGAAUGCUGAUCUUUCAUGCCUCUUUCAGCUGUGUCAGUGAUUUCAUUUGCUACUGCAGAGUAAUAAAUAACUGAUUUUGCGUUA